GAUAAAAAAAAGAAAGCGUGCCAUCACACUUGAAAAAUGUGAAGUUUUAUCCACAUAACUGAGCUGAUCAUCCCUAACUCGAAGUGUCGAUUAAAUGCCUAAGCAUAACAUUUUUGGUACUGGGAGACGAGACAUUUUUUCUCUCACCCUUUCCAGGUUCCCCAACGUGCGUCUCAUAUGAACAUUCUGGUGCCAGUCGAUGAGGUAACGGAUGACGAGACGAGCUCCGGCAAUUUCGAUCACUCGGCGAGAGGAUGGCUUCUCGGGCACAGGUCAUCGGCGUCGUCAUUCGGAGAGCAGGUUAGGGAGCCUGGAGAGAAGCUCGGGGACAGGGAGAGGGAGACGGGAAGGAGAGCUGUGGGGCGGCAGAAGUGGCAAACGCAGAUAUCAUCGAAUGGACUCGAUCAGGGAGGAGCAGCAGGAGGAGGUUCGUUCUGUGGGCGAUGAGGCGCCGGAGCAGCAGGGUGACGAGGAAUUGAACAAUCCGAGCGAUGAAUUGAUGAAAAUGGCCGCCAGUUUGCAGGAAGUCUUGGGCGGUGCGGGAUCGCCGAGCCCUUUGGUGAAGAAAGCGCGCAAGCUUUUGUAUCGUAGGCUGAGAGUCGGGGUCGAGGACGGGCGGAUUUUUAUGGGCAAGUUCCAUUGCUUGGAUAAGCAGGGGAAUAUCAUUCUGUACGAUACGACAGAGUAUAGGCAGAUCAGUCAAGCCUCCUCUUCUUCAGAUUCUACCUGCGGUGCCGGUGCCGGUGCCAGCCCAUACAGCAUGGAGCUACGGAGCUUGGGCCUCGUUCUCAUCCCUGCUCGCUGUCGAACCUCCUGUUUCGUGGAGUGCCCCAUGCAAGAACGACAAUCUUUGCUGUCCGUCAAUGAGUGAGUGGGUAUAAUUUCGUUUGGAUCUGAACGAUUCAAUUGCUGAUUCAGGCUUCUCUUAGGGCUUUCGAAUCGAAAGAUGAUUGUACUGAUCAGUCGACGUGCAGCCGGGCACCGGCUCGGAGGUUUAAGGGAAUUGAAGGGACUAAAAGCAGCGGUGAUAGAAAACGUGAUGAUGCUAUGGGCUGAAGGGAGGCCUUUCCAUAAGACUUACUUUCGGCAAGAUCUGGACGGAGGAGAAUCGUGCCUGUUGGAAUAAGCCGGGAGGGAACCUGUUUACAAGAUUUGGGCCAAAUUUCAAGCCAUGCGAGAGGCCUUCGAAACCACCCUCAUCUCGAAUUAGCGUUUGAAUGUUGAGGUGACAGACUGCAGAACAAUCUACUUCUAUUGCAGCAAUUAUAAAAGUUGAUAACAGAGAGAAGAUUAUCAGAGCCGUGGAGUAUUUCAUUCAAUCUUCUAUAAAUCGACGUCUCUCUUGAUGACGGAAUUCAAGAGUAAUGUAUGUGGGCUCUCUCACUGGAGAAUUUCGCCCAAUUUUGAUAUAUGUUCUUGAACUUGUUGUGACAUUUUUGCCGACUACAAAAUCGGUCUUGUUUGCUUUUGUGAGAAUUAGUGUUGUUGCGUAUUUACCGUUGGAGGAAACUUAUCUGUAAGGAGUCUCCAUUGGAGUGCUCAAACGGAAGAUGACGAAAACUUGGAUCCCAUUUCGUGAAUUGUGGUGCUAGAACCCACAGAGUACACUUGAUUCGUCUUUCUCAAGUGAAAGCUGAUCAGUUUAGGUGUGGCAGAGGUGACUGGGAUAUGGGUACAAUUCAUUUGCUCCUGCUUUUCCAUUACAAUCGUAACAAUUA